UCUUUGUUCUCACUCCAUCUCUUUGCUUCUUCUCUAAGUGACCUGAACAAACAAUAAACACUGAAACACCAAUGGCCUCGGAUUCCCCACUUAAAUCCAAGCCUCCAUACUCCUCAAAUAUCUUGUUCCUUUUCCUUCUCCUUUCAACAAAUCUCAUCACCUUGUUCCUCUCCUCAUCAUUUUCGUUUUGCGCCCUCAAACCUUCUACAACAACCACCGCAGCAGCCACCGCGGAUCCCGCCACUCCAACGACCGGCUCCAACCUCCCUUAUGCCUCUACGGAAGACACAUCUAACCUUCCAGCUGAAUUUCUUGCCUUUGCGUCCGGACAACUCCUCCCAUUUGGAUACAAUGCAAACUUUGACUCCAACACCAUAUAUCCUCCAGUUGGACAAGCAUGCACACUCUUCCCUGAUCUCCUCCGCCGCUUCAUGUCCUACAAGGUAAAUGGAUCGUGCCCGGAUGACGAGUUUUUAGCCCAAAGGCUCCUCCUCAAGGGCUGCGAACCCUUACCACGCCGACGCUGCCGCCCUGCCUCAAACCCUAACUACGUGGAACCCUACCCUCUUCCCAAAAGCUACUGGUCCACACCGUCCGACAACUCAGUCGUAUGGACAGCCUACAAAUGCAAAAACUACGACUGCCUCAUCAACCGAAAGAAAAACCACAAGGGCUUCGACGACUGUAUAGACUGCUUUGACCUUCAAGGAAAUGAGAAGAAUCGGUGGGCAAAAGGCAAAGGAGGAGGGCUUGAUUUCGGCGUGGAUGAGGUCUUGGGGUUCAAGAAACCCCGAACGAUACGAAUAGGGCUUGACAUCGGCGGUGGAGUGGCUACAUUCGCUGUGAGAAUGAAGGAGAGGAACAUAACAAUUUUGACAACUUCAAUGAACUUGAAUGGUCCUUUUAACAGCUUCAUUGCUUCAAGAGGGGUCGUGCCUUUGUACCUAAGCAUUUCGCAGAGGCUGCCGUUUUUCGAUAAUACGCUCGACAUUGUGCAUUCGAUGCACGUCUUGAGUAACUGGAUUCCGACGACGUUGCUUCAUUUCGCUAUGUUUGAUAUCUACAGGGUGCUUAGGCCUGGCGGGUUGUUUUGGCUUGACCAUUUUUUCUGCGUAGGUGAGCAGUUGGAGGAGGUCUAUGGACCUCUCAUUGAGAGCAUUGGGUACAAGAAGUUGAAGUGGGUUGUUGGGAAGAAGCUUGAUCGUGGACCGGAGCGUAGGGAGAUGUACCUCUCGGCGUUGCUGGAGAAGCCAUUGAAGAACUCUUGGUGAUUAAUUAGUUAACCAGAGGGGAAAUAUAAAAGCCUUAGCUGGUAUUUGUUUUUUUUCUGUUGACAUUUUUACUUUCUUUUAUUGUUAAGUUACGUAGAAGAAUAUUUGAAAGAGAAGGAGAUAUGGAAAUGGGCCGCGUGUAUGCUGUCCCCAAAAUACAUGUCUCCUUCAUGUCUUCUUGUUAAUUUUGUGACUCCUAUCUUGAAA